CCGGAGCGUCGCGGAGACUUCUGGGAGCGCUCGCCCGCCCGCUCCCGGAGUGCGCAGACGCAGGGCGGCGAGUGGACAUUUUGGUCUUUGUCCGCGGGUCAGCACGGCCUCUGGGUCCACGUGGCGCCCAGGGAGGAGAAGCGGCUGAGAAAAAGACAAGUACAUCGAGCAACAUCAAGAUCUGGGAGGCCAGUUGAGUCCACCAAGGAAAGUGUGAAUGCAAGAAAACUGGAAUCAUCUUUGCUCACAGACUUCAUUUCUUUUCCUUCUGUUUUUCAGAACAGACUUUGCUUUUUAAAGGGCAAACCAUUUUUCAAAGCUUCAGGUUUUGAGCUUGAAACGUAAUUUAGAUUUUAACAGGAAGUUGUAUGGGAAAGAAUCAUGCGUUUUUGUAGAGUUUGGAAAUCCUCUACCAUAGCCUCCUGGUAAGACUAUCUUACCAGGAAAUGCCUGUGUGGGAAUGCCUGCAGUUUAAAUACUGCCCCAUUUGUUAGCAGAGCACACAGACUAGAGGAAAAGCCUAUGAAUUUAUCAACUGUAGAGAAGCAUUUACUCAAGUGUCACAUCUCACUGAACAUAGAAGUCAUGCUGAGAGGAAGCCCUGUGUUUCUAAGAAAUACUGAAAAGCCUUUAGCUAGAUGACAGACUUUUCAACAUCAGAAAAUUCAUGCUGGAGAAAAGCAAGUGAAAUCUGCAAAACCAACAUUGACUAUUAGAAAGCUUACACUGGGAAGAAAGGUUUAUGCUGAUAAAGUUCUCAAGCCUUGUCCCUUACCCUGCAUUUGCAUGAGUGGUCAGAUACAGAAGCCUUAAAACUACAGGAGAUGUGGAAAUAUUCUCAGCCAAGAGUAAUCUCUCGGUUCUCAAAGAUUUCGUAACUGGAGAUAAACCUUGUGAAUGUGAUAAAGUUUCCAUUCAGAUGUCACACCUCAGUCAGCAGAGAAUUUUAAGUGGGGGAAGCCCCUUUGCCUGUAAGGUAUGUGGGAAACUCUUCAGCCACAAGUCAAAUCUUACAGAGCACGAGCAUUUUCAUAAUCGAGAGAAACCUUUUGAAUGUAAUGAAUGUGGAAAAGCCUUUAGUCAAAAGCAGUAUGUCAUUAAGCAUCAGAACACUCAUACUGGAGAGAAGCUUUUUGAGUGUAAUGAUUGUGGAAAGUCCUUUAGCCAGAAGGAAAACUUGCUUACCCAUCAGAAAAUUCACACUGGAGAGAAACCUUUUGAGUGCAAAGAUUGUGGGAAAGCUUUCAUUCAGAAGUCAAACCUCAUCAGACAUCAGAGAACUCACACAGGAGAGAAACCGUUCAUAUGUAAGGAGUGUGGGAAAACCUUUAGUGGCAAAUCAAAUCUUACUGAGCAUGAGAAAAUUCAUAUUGGUGAGAAACCCUUUAAAUGUAAUGAAUGUGGAACAGCUUUUGGCCAGAAAAAGUACCUCAUAAAGCAUCAAAACAUUCACACUGGAGAGAAACCCUAUGAAUGCAAUGAGUGUGGAAAAGCCUUCUCUCAGCGAACGUCACUUAUUGUGCACGUGAGAAUUCAUUCGGGUGAUAAACCUUACGAAUGCAAUGUUUGUGGAAAAGCCUUCUCUCAGAGUUCGUCUCUAACCGUGCAUGUGAGGAGCCACACCGGUGAGAAGCCCUAUGGUUGCAAUGAAUGUGGGAAAGCCUUUUCUCAGUUCUCAACCCUGGCCCUGCAUUUGAGGAUACACACAGGUAAAAAGCCUUACCAGUGUAGUGAGUGUGGGAAGGCUUUCAGCCAGAAGUCUCACCACAUUAGACACCAGAAAAUCCACACGCAUUAAACACUGAAUAUCUUCAGUGUGGGGCAGUGUUCAGUAAGAGGCCACACACCACAAGUCAGCCAAACAUUGAACAGAAAAUGUCAUGAACGCCGGAGAAUUCAUACUGAGGGGGAAGAAGUUUGUAUGACUAAAGCCUGCACUCAGUGAACAUAACAGAAAACAAAACCAGUGCUGAAACUUUACAAGUUCUCUAAAAUUGAGUGUGGAGAACAGGGCUGUUACUGCUAUCAGCAUAGAUCUGGAAGUCUUCACCAGUCUAAUAAGUAAGCUGUGUUAGAAGAAACAAGAUAAAUUAUAUGAUCAUGCAGUAAUAUUAAACAUAAUUUCAAGAGGACAGAAAUUAUAGGAUGAUAACUAUGCAUUUACCAAGAUUUAGAAUACAAAAAGAGUUGCUUCCGAUGAACACCAAGACUAUGUUUGGAGGCAGAUUGUUCUUUGAGGAGCAAAGCUACAUGCCACAGACUUUAAAACAGCAGUACAAGUAAAAUAUGUGGAAAUUGAAAGCAGAAAUGGAAAAAUGGUAUACAUUAAACAAGGUUCUGACCUUGGGAGUAGGAAAACAUUCCUUGUAACAUUUGAAAAUACUUAGUAAUUCUCAUGAGUGAUUAUGCUCAGGAGGUUAGGUACCAGGACAUGUAUCCUUUAGAGUAGCCAAAUAUUAGAAGUUAACACUCGUUAGGAAUGGAACGAGAAGCUUUUAGGUGGACUGUUAUGCAGACAUCUGGCAGAUGCAGCAGACAAGGUGUGUGUAACUGGAAGGAUUCUGGAAGGGACGCAGGGAAACUCAAGUUGCAGAAUGAUGCAUGUAGUACAGUGACUUUCUGCCAAGCUAAAGAUUCCUUCUUGAGACUCAGUUAUCACGGCAUAAAUGCAUUUGGGUAUGUAAAUGAGAAGCAUCAGAAGGCUGCAGACCAACUGAAUAUGAGUGAGAAGGGAAGGGAGUGAGUGUGGGGGUGGGGAGGGCCUCAGCUUUUUAUAGAAGCAUCCAUUCUCUUAAAGACUGCAAGUCAAUAUAUGAAGAUACUGGCUAACUUUCGGUUGUGUUAUAUGGAUAUCAUGUCUUAUUUUUUGUACUUUUCUGUAUUUUUCAAAAUAAGAGUGGAGGUAAAGGUGGGAACUCUACCUGUAGAAAUGUUAUAGUUGACUGAUUCCCUAUCAAAUACCAAGCUUUUAUAGAUGAUAUUUCUAAAACUUUAACAAUGAGUGGUUGGACUUGACACUCUAUGUAAUGAAAUUAUCUAUUUUAUUAAAAUUUAAAAUGGCAACAUA